CGUUACAUAUCUCCAGGUGAUGGGAAGAUGGAGAUGACUUCUGGAGCACGAUGAUCGGGAUGGGAACGGUUGUUAUUGGUGGAGGAAGUGGUUUUAUUGGCAAGACACUAAGUAAAAUUCUGAGAGCUAAAGGUUAUGGUGUCGUCAUAGUUUCUCGCAAACCGGGACCCUUCUCUAUGACAUGGUCAGAACUUUCUGAUAAAGGUCUUCCCGAAAACUCGACAGCAGUCAUAAGCUUAGCCGGACAGAAUGUUCUUGAUCCAACUAGGAGGUGGACACCUGGUUUCAAACAGAAUGUUUGGUCAAGUCGUGUUCACUCUACGCGCUCCUUAGCUGAAGCCAUCAAGAAACUACAGACACCACCAAAGGUUUUUGCAUCCAUUUCAGGUGUAGGUUUUUACAAACCUAGUGAAACUGAAGAGUAUACAGAAUACAGUAUAGGAGGAAAUCACGAUUUUCUUUCAAGGCUUUGCAAAGAUUGGGAAGAGGCAGGAGAAUUGCCAAAUGAUAUUAAUACACGAAGAGUGGUUGUUCGAAGUGGUGUCGUGCUUGGGCGGCAGGGUGGAAUGAUUCAACAAAUUUUCUUGCCAUUUUAUUUUGGAUUAGGUGGACCUAUCGGAACUGGAAAUCAAUUCAUGCCCUGGAUUCACAUUCAAGAUAUUGCUGGAAUUUUCUUGCACGCAAUCGAGAAUGAAGUAAAAGGAAUAUUAAAUGGUGUUGCUCCAGAAAUUAUUACAAACAGAGAAUUCACCAAAGCUUUUGCAGCUGAGCUACGAAGACCUGCCUUGAUACCACUUCCGGUAAAAGUAUUAAACAUGGCCUUCAGUCCCGAGAGAGCUAUAAUGAUGACUGAAGGGCAAAAAGUUAUUCCACAAAGAACACUCGAAAUGGGCUAUAAAUAUAUUUUUCCAGACAUCAGGUCGGCAUGUAAAGAAUUUGCUCAUUUAAUCUACAAAAAGAAAUGAGCAACUUAAGAAUAAAUACAUAAUUUGUAUUUUAAACUGUAGUUUAUUAUUUUAUUUAAAUAAGUGCUUUAUAAAACUUCAAUUUCUUUGUAAAGAAUUUGCUCUUAAUUUAGGUUAAUAAAUAUUUUAAUAAAAUGAUGAAAUUAAUAAGUUUGCAUUUUAAGUUAUAUAUGAAUCUGUAAGUGAAAUUUCUACAAGUUACACAAUUUUAUUACAUUGAUUGCAAGAAAUUCAAUUAAAAUAUCCCUCUUAAUCAUUAAAGCUAUAUAUGUAAUUUCAAAUAAUUGAAUAAAUGUUUAUAUUCUAUAUAAUCAUUGCGUCUUAUGAAAAUAUGUUUUCAUAUUAAAGGAAAACAGAUAAAUUCAACAAUUUAAAACAGAGCAGUUUUUCACAAUGAACAUAUAACGAUUUUCAUCUUUUCAUUCAGCAAGAAAAUGGACUUCUGAAAGAAGA